GUCUCACAAUCACGUGGUUGCGUACGUCGCACGUGGCGUUCAAACACAGCCAGAAUUUCAGAUUAACAGAAAGGAGCCAUUUAGAAAAUCAAAAACAACAGUUUCACUGUUUGAUUUGCAUAGCCUCUGAUGCAACGCGACAGGAAAACCCAAGCAUUAGUACUGCAGAUACUAAUUGAGCGCUUGAUAACUGAAGCCAAAGUGUCGGUAUACAUAAUAUAUGCAUAUAUAUAGUGUUGAGGUGUGCCGUGUCCAGAGGGAAGACUUCGCUUGGAUGGACUACGCAGAAAAGGAAAAAAUACCAACUAUUGCUAUAACUGCUAUAUCGUGUAGGUGAACUUAUGGGUAGUUGUGAAGCGAGUUCCACAGCUGUUGGGCCAAUUGCUUGGUCGCCGUGUCCCGACGUUCACGCAACAACUGCGGAACCAUCGAUGGCCAAUUUGGCGCAACAACGUGCUUCGUAUAGCCAUCAGGCAGGACAAGUUAGCGCUACGGUUCCCGCGGCGAUGACUCGUAAGACUAAAUCCGGCAGUCGUCGGGCUCCGGGUUUCGAAGCGCCGCGAAAUAUCCCUUCGUUAGCGUCCAACGGAAAUGCCACAUCACUGCCCAUUGCGCCAGAAACAAGCAACAACAAUAGUGACAUGUCUAACAAAAGCACGCAACAGCAACAAGUUCGAGGAGCUGCACUAGAAUGCGCAGGUUGUCAACAAUCUAUUCGGGAAAGAUAUCUUCUCUGCGCUUUGGACCGAUCAUGGCAUGAAGGAUGUCUGAAAUGCUCGCACUGCAACUGCUUACUCGGUGAAGUAGGAUCUACUCUAUUUUUUAAGGAAAACAGGAUUCUCUGUAGGAGAGAUUACCUCAGGCUGUAUGGGUCAUCCGGAAGAUGUUCGGCCUGUCAAAAGGAAAUUCCUGCUUUCGAAAUGGUAAUGAGGGCUGGCGCUAACGUCUACCAUCUCGAGUGUUUCGCUUGUCAACAGUGCCGUCAUAGGUUCUGCGUCGGUGAUCGAUUUUAUGUGCAAUAUGGACAAAUUCUUUGUGAGGAAGACAGGUAUACCCCUGCCGAGUUAUGAACACACCCGCAGGUGGUAUAUGCUAUAUCAAGCGAUGAAUCAAUGCAAUAUCCAUAUUAUCCCUCUUAAGCUUUCUCACGCAAUCAGCAACCCGUAGUUGACUAUAGCUUGUGUAUAUAUUAGAUACAACAG